GAACACAGACUUCUUCUUGAUUAUUAAAAACCCACACAUGCUUUAAAGAUGGCCAACGCUCCUAUACCACUCACUAAUGUGGGAAGUGGCUACACCAUCGUCACUCAAGUUAUUCCCUCAUCAACAGCCGCGACUACAGCGGAACAAAAUUCCUCUCAGACACUCAGCCCACUGCGGAAAUUCCUGAAAGGAGAACCCAAAGCCCUGGGAACUGUCCAAAUAAUGAUUGGUGUGUUGAUGAUAUUGUUUGGUAUCGUGAUGGCGGUCUACCCUCAGACAUUGAACGUGUACUCUGGAGUCGCAUUCUGGGGCUCGCUGUUACACAUCAGCGCUGGUUCUCUGGCUGUUUCAGCGAGCAACAAGCUCAAUACCUGUGUGGUGACGGGUGCUAUGGUGGUGAAUAUUUUUAGCACGAUAGCUGCAGGAAUCGCCAUCAUUAUGCUUUCCCUGGAUUUAGUGAUUUGGCCUUGGCGUCGCUCCUGCUACUCCUAUGACAGCAAUUAUGGAUGCAGCCAGAGCCAUACCGACGGAAUCACUGGCAUUCUGCUGGUUUUCUCUGUGCUUCAGUUCGCCAUCUCUAUCGCAAUUUCAGCCUUCACCUGCAAAGCCACCUGCACCAAUGAACCUACUCUGAAUGUCAUCAACGUGGUUCCGAACACUGAGGGAUGUAUUCCUGUGGUCAAUUCCUUUCCAGCUCAUCAUGCUCAACCGGGGGUCAGUACACUGAAUGCUGUCGCCAUGGCUAGUGCACCUGUGGAAAGUCCUCCAGCGUACUCUGAGAAAGCCAACCAGACAACUGAGGAUAAUUCUAAAUAAGAAAUUAUUCUUGUUAACUACUUAAAACACUGUUACUUGGAAAAGAUGGAAAACAAUCACACUCUAGCACUUACUACACAUCACACUGCUUACUCUAACAGCUAAACACACAUUCAACAUUUAAUUAACUACUUCUCUGUUUCUCGAAAGAAUCUGUGUACACUGAAUACAUAUAUAUAUAUACAGUAUAUCAUAUUAACAAUGGUAUAUAUGCUCAUAACGCUUUUUAUCUCAUAAUUUCUUUUUUCAAGAAUUCUUUAAGCUUUUUUUCAGUCCUUCUGCAUACUUCUGAAUUUUUAUAUUAUCAUUAUUUUUCAAUUUUAUUUGUAUAGCGCUUUUAACAGUGGACAUUGUCACAAAGCAGCUUUACAGAAAUAAAUGGAUUCACAAAAAAUUAUAUUGUAAAUAUGUGAAUUUAUCCCUGGAGAACGACAGAACAAACAAAUCAAUAAAUGUGCACCACAGCUCUGUUGAAUUCUGGAUCCUGAUUGGUCAGAAGGUGUUGAUUAAUUUUCUAGAACAGCUGCUCUGAUGUUAAUGCAGCUGCACACUAUUAAUUAAUAUUAAUGCGCUUGUUCUAAUACGUUAUCGUUUCUAUGGUAACAGCUCAUUCACAGGGACUGGUACAGUAGACGCUCCACAUAAAUGGAUAAAUAAACGUGUGUAACUGUUGAUAUGGUGAAUUUUUAUCAUGAAGGAGAUGUGUAAUAAACAUUUAUGGAAGGAGUC